AAACAGUUUGAACCCUGCAGGAACAUCCGGAGUGAAAAUGGCUGCGAAAGAGCAGAUCGAAAGUUGGACCGAGGAGGUAGUUUGUCCCACAUGCAAAGAUUUCUUCACCGAUCCGGUUGCACUGGAGUGCGGGCACAACUUCUGCCGCUCCUGCAUCACACGGAGUUGGGACAGGGAGGGGAGAAACUCAUGCCCGGAAUGCAGAGAGGAAUCUACAGAGUGCACCCUCAGGGUGAAUCGGGCCCUGGUUAGACUGUCUGAGAAAGCUCGAACACUGAGCCUGAAUCUCAAAGCGAAGAAAAGCAAACUUCAGUGCGAGGAACACCAGGAAGAACUGAAGCUGUUUUGUAAAACUGACAAGAAACUGAUCUGUUUCAUUUGUGCAACUGUGAAGGAACACAAGUCUCACAGCUUAACGCUGAUAGAAGAAGCAAUUGAAUUCUACAAGGAACAGGUGAAAUCUUCUUUCGAAUCUCUCACAAAAAAGGGAUCAGAGGUCCAGAAAAUGGAGCAGGAACAGAAAGGGGGCAUUUCUGGAGUUCAGGAAGAGUCACACAACCUUCAGUCACUGAUCACAUCCCAGUUUGCUGAGAUGCACCAGAUUCUCACCGAUAAAGAGCAGCGCUUACUCGGAGAUGUCCGGGAAGAAGAGGAGAAGAUUGUAAAAACAAUGGUGACAAAUCUUCAAGAGAUACAAACUAAUUUAAAUUCCAUUCAGGAGGAACUCUCAAAGCUACAGGAACAGAUAGACCUCAAGGACGACCUGAUAUUUCUGAAGGAGGAAGCUGGUCGCAUCACAUGGGUUUGUGAUGAAGCCAAACCAAUGUCGGUGGUGGAUGGCGCGCUGCCAAUUGAAAAGUUUGAUCGCACCUUUUUCUUCAACAUUGCAUUGAAAGAACAUUUUGAUAUCAUCAAACGAGUCUCCGUCACCCUGGAUGUGGAAACAGCGCAUGCAUUGCUCGAGUUGUCUGAGGAUCAGAAGGGUGUGAGAUGUACCCGGACCCGGGGGAGUCUCCCUGACACCGGGAAGAGGAUUACACGCAGUUCGUGUGUGCUGGGAUCAGGUUCAGCAGCAGCCGCGGGCAGCGGGUCCUGAGCUCCGGUGUCCUAAAGUCCGCAGUCAGAGAAGUGAUAGCGUGUUUGCAGGAUUUGCUCUCCACACACCAGGUUCCAUGUGGGAGGCCGUUGUGCUCGGGCUCAGCCUGUCUCUCUGUAGAUCAUUCCUUGUUUCAGUCUCCCUCCCUCACCUCUCUCUCAGGUACAUCAUGUCUGUAUCGGUGCCGCUUCCAGCUCUUAUUCACCACUUUAACAUAGAAACAUAGAAAAUAGGUGCAGGAGUAGGCCAUUCGGCCCUUCGAGCCUGCACCGUCAUUCAAUGUGAUCAUGGCUAAUCAUCCAACUCAGUAUCCUGUACCUGCCUUCUCUCCAUACCCCCUGAUCCCUUUAGCCACAAGGGCCACAUCUAACUCCCUCUUAAAUAUAGCCAAUGAAUUGGCCUCAACUACCUUCGGUGGCAGAGAAUUCCACAGAUUCACCACUCUCUGUGUAAAAAAUGAUUUUCUCAUCUCAGUCCUAAAAGUCUUCCCUCUUAUCCUUAAACUGUGACCCCUAGUUCUGGACUUCCCCAACAUAGUCUUCCUGCAUCUAGCCUGUCCAACCCCUUAAGAAUUUUGUACGUUUCUAUAAGAUCCCCCCUCAAUCUUCUGAAUUCUAGCGAGUACAAGCCGAGUCUAUCCAGUCUUUCUUCAUAUGAAAGUCCUGACAUCCCAGGAAUCAGUCUGGUGAACCUUCUCUGUACUCCCUCUAUGGCAAGAAUGUCUUUCCUCAGAUUAGGGGACCAAAACUGUACGCAAUACUCCAGGUGUGGUCUCACCAAGACCCUGUACAACUGCAGUAGAACCUCCCUGCUCCUACACUCAAAUCCUUAACACUUCAUCUCCCUCGCUGCCAGUUUCCAUCCAGUGCCCACUUUCCUCUGCUCGAGCCCCGACUCUUCCCUUGGCUUUCACGCCAUCUUGGUCUCCGCUUCACUCAAAACGCGAGUGACCAAAGUCCAUUCCAAGCCCACGGACGCCUUUGGCUACUUUGUCUAUCCACUACUCCUGUUUGCACUAUCCCUCCAAGAUCGAGUGCUUCCAGCAAAACCUCUGGUGGGAGACUGACAUUCACACAAUGUCCUUGCAUAUCUUUUAGGAGUCCACAAAGUGUUUUAUUGACGUAAAUCUCUUUAAAGUGCAGCCACAAACUGCAACGGAAAUGCAGCCGUCAACCUGCAGACAGGAACAUUCACAAACAGAGUUUAAAAGCAAGGUGUACCGUCCAAAGCGAUUUGGGUUUAUUUCAAUUGCAGUAUUAGAAGCACCAAGCACAUAAUGCAAAUGAACACAAUCUUUCUAUUUGGUUCUUGUAAAUGUUACUGGUGAUGCGAAUUAUCCAAAUUCAACAACUGGGGUAUUAAAUGUGUAUGUGGUAUUAAUCGACAAACCUACAAUAUUGUAAGUGGGUUUGGUUUCAAUGAUCCAAUCCCAUUACAAAUUUCCUCUCUGAUUA